UUAAGCAGUCCACACAGGGACAGUGGCCUCAGAAUACAGCUGAGGGCAUCCUUCUCUUUGCAGGGAACCACAAAGCAAGACAGGAGAAGACUGUUGGUACUGGCCUUGUACACUUAAGUUCUCAGAGGACUCAUAGAUGUGUUACAGGCCUGAGCCUGGCAGAGGGAGGGGACAGCUGCCAUCUCUGAGGGUACCACGGUAUCUCACCAUCCCUCUCUAUUCCUCCAGGACCAAGUUUCCUGCCAACCCGAGCAGGCCUGGAAUGGGUAAUGGUGUGAAGGAAGGUUCGGUGCAUUUGCGUGAGGAUGCCGAGGCUGUGCUGUCUUCACCUGUUUCAUCAAAGAGAGACCACAGACAAGUGCUCAGCUCCCUCCUGUCUGGAGCCCUGGCUGGUGCUCUUGCCAAAACAGCAGUAGCUCCCCUGGACCGAACCAAAAUCAUCUUCCAAGUGUCUUCAAAAAGAUUUUCUGCCAAGGAGGCCUUCCGGGUGCUCUACUACACCUACCUCAACGAGGGCUUCCUCAGCCUGUGGCGCGGGAACUCCGCCACCAUGGUGCGUGUGGUGCCCUAUGCCGCCAUCCAGUUCAGCGCGCACGAGGAGUACAAGCGCAUCCUGGGGCGCUACUACGGCUUCCGCGGAGAAGCCCUGCCCCCUUGGCCUCGCCUCCUCGCUGGUGCACUAGCUGGAACCACCGCUGCUUCACUGACCUACCCCCUGGACUUGGUCAGAGCGAGAAUGGCCGUGACCCCAAAGGAAAUGUACAGCAACAUCUUUCAUGUCUUUAUCCGCAUCUCCCGAGAAGAGGGACUGAAGACCCUCUAUCAUGGAUUCACGCCUACUGUGCUGGGAGUCAUUCCCUAUGCUGGGCUGAGCUUCUUUACCUAUGAGACACUGAAGAGUCUGCACAGAGAGUACAGUGGUCGCUGGCAGCCCUAUCCUUUCGAGCGCAUGAUCUUUGGUGCCUGCGCGGGCCUCAUCGGGCAGUCGGCUUCGUACCCUCUGGAUGUGGUGCGGCGGCGCAUGCAGACAGCUGGUGUCACCGGCCACCCACGCGCCUCUAUCGCUUGUACUCUUCGUACCAUCGUGCGGGAGGAAGGUGCGGUGCGCGGCCUCUACAAAGGCCUGAGCAUGAAUUGGCUCAAGGGCCCCAUCGCUGUUGGCAUCAGCUUCACCACCUUCGACCUCAUGCAGAUCCUAUUGCGGCACCUACAGAGUUAGGGGGCCCUGUGGUCAGCUGUUCUCAGGACGAUGGGCCUGUUUGGUUUUCUGAGCCCAUGGAAUAGGAUGUGCUUGGUUCCACCUCGGGGGACCAAGUCAGGGGCACUUUGUGAAACAAGCAGGCGAGCCUGGGUGGCCAGGGCUGGGAGCCCUUGAAGGGCAAUGUUGGGACAGUGGGCUCAGGGUUGCGUGGGUUCUCCUCUUCCCCAUCCUCCCUCAGGGGCUGCCCUGCCUCAGGAGGUGUUGCCCAAAGGCCUGGAGUCAGGAGAGGUCAGCUCUGCCUCUUGGCCCUGUGUGUCCUCCAACAUGCUGCUGAUUUUGAGUCUCCCAUGUCCCCACUAGGCUUAGGGCCAAACUAGCUUGUCCCUGCUCUCUCUGACUCUGCCUGCUUGCCUGGCCUCCAGCCUGGGCAGGUGUCUUUCUUGGAAUCCAGACCCUGUCUAGGAUGGGACAAGUCUCAUGUUCAGUUUGGCCACAGAUGUAGCCCCUUGCCCACCCGACCCUGCCUGUCCUGCUUUCCCCAUUAUUUCCCAAAGGACUAUGACUCCCUGGUCUCAGAGCCUCCUACUUGGGAACAGCCUUCUCCUGAGAGCCCCAUCCCAGUCUCUGCUGUCAGCAUGGGCCCCCAGCUGCUGCUGCCUAUUCAGUUUGUAACCUCCCCAAGGAGUGUUAUGCUUCCUCCACGUGACAGAAUCUGGUACAGACCAUGACGUGGAACCCCUUCAGGUUUGGGUCUGACCCCUACCCCCCACCUGGUGUAUCUGCUGAAAUCUGAGUGUCCAGCCACCACAUCUAGGCUCAAAGCUCCUGCCUGACAGGCAAAACCAAUGGAGGCUGGGCCUCAAACCCCAACCCUUUGCUCAACUGUGGCGUCUGAUAAGUCCCUGGCUCCCCACCUGAGCAAGCCCUUGGCUGGAGCAUGGAGCAAUUUAAAUCCCAGAGGGAUUAUCUGAUUUCCAUGAAUAGAGCACACAGAGACAGCAAGUGGUCUUGAUCCUCCUAGAGUGGGAGCCCUAUAACAGUGGGUGACCCAGGGGUAGGAAGUAUGGAAAAGCAGAGGCAUGCACCCCAGGGAACCCCAGCUAGCUGGUCUCAGACAAGUCCCCGGGGCCACCAGGUAUUGGGGACUCAGAUACCCAAUAAUGAUGUUUUAGGUCUCUUGAUUUUUUUGUUUUGUUUUGUUUUUCAAAUUGGCCAACCCUGGGUCUAUUCAUAUCAAACCCCUGACUAGUCCAGUCUAGUUGCAGGGCAAGGGAGAUCUUGAGGGUUGGUUCCAUAGACUGCUUAGCAGCCAUGCUGUGUGGAGGGCUCUCAGCUAGUGCACUUGCCCUGUGUGCAUUUCCAAUUGUGACUUCCAUUUCCUCCCGCCCUUCUGUCCUCUUUCUUUUCUUCUUACCUCUGACCUUUAGGUGUGAUGACCUCUCUCUGGCCCUUGCAUGUAUGCAUCCCUGAUCUCAUACCCAGGGGCCCAGGCAGCCUAUGAUGGCUGUGAGGGGCUGUCUUGUUGGGUGGGUUUCCUUUGCCCAAUACCCAGACCUGGCAGAAGAGGCCAGGGUACCCCACACAGGGAGAAGGGAAGGAACCCGAGACCCCCCAGGUGGGUGAGACUAAAUGUGUGGUUGAGAAGUGCCCUCCUCUGGGCCCCAGGCUAGGCAGGAGAGAAAGGGGUCAGAGGCUUCCCCAAGUCCUGCUGGUGCCCAGCGCACCUCCCCUGUAUUGGCUCCUGGCUGAGUGGGCUAUGACAGUGUGUCUCCCACCCCUGCACAUAGUCAGGCUCCAGGUCUCUGCAGUCACCUCUCUCCCUGAUGAUCCCUGGCCCUGGUCUGGAGUUAUAUUUUGAUGCCAUGAAGAUACUUUGUUUAUAUAUAAUGUUUAUAUAUUUUAAAGAUUUGUGCCAAGAGAGUAUAUUUAAUAAAAAUUUAAAUGACUUCUGCUCA